UUCAAUUUUCCUUCUCCCUACCACCCUCCGAAGUUCUGGUGAAAAUCUGAAUUGCGAAAUGGAUUCAAGCAACGAUGAAGUAGCUCUUUAUAUGCCAAAUUUUAUUCGGAUCUACAAGGACGGUCACGCCGAAAGGCUCGCAGGAACUGAAAUCCUUCCCGCCACUGCAAUCGAUCCCCAAACCGGUGUUUCCUCCAAAGACAUCGUCAUCGUACCUGAAACUGGUGUCUCCGCCCGUCUUUUCCUCCCCAAAAUCACCAAUUCUUCGGCUCAAAAGCUUCCCCUUCUGAUCUACAUCCAUGGCGGUGGCUUUUGCAUCGAAACCCCCUUCUCCCCUAUUUACACCCCUUAUGUAUCAUCUCUAGUUGCAGAGGGUAACGUGGUUGCUGUAUCUGUACAUUUCAGGAGAGCCCCAGAACAUCCUCUCCCCAUCGCUUAUGACGAUUCAUGGGUAGUGCUUCAAUGGGUCGCUUCACAUUGUAAAGGGAACGGCCCUGAAGAAUGGUUGACCGAGCACGCCGAUCUGAACAGAGUGAGUAUGAUGGGAGACAGCGCAGGCGCUAAUAUUGCCCAUAAUAUGGCUUUGCGAGCGGCGGAGACACCAUUAGAGGGGGUGAGGUUUGUUGGGUUGGGUUUGAUUCAUCCUUAUUUCUUUGGGGAAAAACAGCAAUUGGGUUCAGAGGCGAGUGAUGAGGAGAAGAAGAGUAAGGCGGAUAAGCUGUGGUUGUUGCUGUGUCCUUCGACGAGUGGUUGUGAUGAUCCGUUGAUGAAUCCGGCGACUUGUGCAAACUUGGAGAAGCUGGCGUGUAAGCGUGUGCUGGUGUGCGUUGCGGAGAAGGAUGGGUUGAAAGAGAGGGGUGAGUUUUACCAUAAGACGUUGGGGAAGAGUGGGUGGGGAGGAGAACUGGAAUUGAUGGAGGUAGAAGGAGAGGGUCAUGUGUUUCACCUCUUCAAUCCCACCGAUGAGAAGGCUGUGGCCAUGAUGUCCCGCUUUGCUUCCUUCAUCAACCAGAACUAAACUCCCUAGUUAGCUCAA